AUGGAAUUCUCCAAAACCUCUCUGUCUCUUUUCUUGUUCUUCAUCUUAUUUUCUUUAUCUCAUGCAACUUCUCGCAUCACACUUCAACAACGAUUUCCAACAACAAAGUUUUCAUCAAAUCGACGAGCUGAACGGCUUAUAAGAAGCUUUAACUUGUUUCCAAAGAGUUCAGCUAAUAUACAUGGUGAAUACUCUAUUGAUGAUUUCGUCCCAGGAAAGAUCGUAGAGAAGACGUUUUCGUUUCUCGCUCGUUCUAAUGGAACUUCUAUUGAAGAUCUUGGUCACCAUGCUGGAUACUAUUCGCUUCCUCGUUCCAAAUCUGCAAGGAUGUUCUAUUUUUUCUUUGAAUCAAGAAAUGGUGCUAAGGAUGCACCAGUUGUGAUAUGGUUGACCGGAGGUCCUGGUUGUGCAAGUGAAUUAGCAUUGUUUUAUGAGAAUGGACCUUUCAAAAUUAACAAUGAUUUGUCUCUUUCAUGGAAUGAAUAUGGGUGGGACAAGGGAUCAAAUAUUAUUUUUGUUGACCAACCUAUUGGAACAGGUUUCAGUUAUAGUUCAGAUGAAAAUGAUAUUCCUACUGAUGAAACUGGUGUUAGCAAUGAUUUGUACGCUUUCUUACAGGCAUUUUUCAAGGAACACCCUGAAUUGGUUAAGAAUGAAUUUUAUAUUACCGGAGAAUCAUAUGCGGGACACUAUAUUCCAGCUCUUGCAUCUCGGGUUAGCAAAGGAAACAAAAAUAAAGAAGGAAUUAACAUAAAUUUCAAGGGUUUUGCUAUUGGCAAUGGAUUGACCAAUCCAUUAAUUCAAUAUCAAGCAUACACUCAAUUUGCGGUUGAUAACAAAUUGAUUACAAAGGAAGAUAAAGCUGAUAUCGACAAGUUGGUCCCAUCUUGCGUGGAUGCCACAAAAACUUGCGAGAGUGAAGGUGGAGAUAGUUGCAAUACAGCCUCAGAUCAAUGCGAACAGAUAUUUUCCAGCAUUCUUUCCGCUGCAGGCAACAUUAAUUACUAUGACAUCAGAAAGCAAUGCGAGGGACCAUUGUGUUACGAUUUCUCAAAUCUGGAGACACUUUUAAAUAAGAAGACAGUUAGGGAUGCUUUAGGCGUUGGGGACAUAGAGUUUGUUUCAUGCAGCGGAGCAGUGCAUAGUGCUUUGAGUCAAGAUUUGAUGAAAAACUAUGAAAAAUAUAUUCCAGCACUUCUUGAGGAUGGAAUCAAGGUUCUUAUAUAUGUUGGAGAAUUCGAUCUUAUUUGCAAUUGGCUUGGGAAUUCGAACUGGGUUCAUGCCAUGGAGUGGUCAGGUCAAAAACAGUUUGCUGCAUCCAAAACAGCUAAAUUUUUGGUUGAUGGCACACAAGCGGGAUUGUUGAAUAGCUAUGGACCUCUCUCUUUUCUAAAGGUGAAUGAUGCUGGACAUUUGGUUCCUAUGGAUCAACCAAAAGCUUCACUUCAGAUGUUGGUUAACUGGAUAGAAGGGAAACUUAAUGAAACAAGCAUUUAA